AUGUCGACAGCAAUGAAUAAGAAUAGUCAACAUGCAAAAUCUACUGUUGGUUUAUUAUUAGUAAUUGGAGAUAUUACUUCAAAUGAACAACGUGAUGAAAUAUGUUUUUAUCUUAGAAAUGCAUUUAAACAUAUUGAUAUUAAUAAAUAUCAUGAAAUACAUGAUUUAUUUAAUAAUUUAAUUCAUGAAAAUCAAUUUCAAAUAGAUUCUCAAUAUCGACAAAUAGCUAAUACAGAAAAUGGUUCAAUUGCAGGAUUUCUUUAUCUACCAAGUUUUCAUACAUUAUUAAAUGUAUUCAGAGAUUUAUUCAAUACUUGUUAUCAUGUUUGUAUUCUCUUUUGUGGACAACAAAUUGAUUCUAAUGGAGCUCUGAUUUUAUCUGAUUCAUUAUUUACUUCAGAGAAUUUUCAUAGUUUAUUCGAAGAAAAUACAUCGUAUGUUAUACAAGAUCUUGAAAUAAGUUUACCAUAUGUAUCAAAUCAAUGGAUGAAAUUAUCUACGAAUUAUUUACAAAAACAAUUAGAAAAUGUUCAAAUAUAUGAUUUAUCUAAUGAGAUAAAUGAAGAAAAUUCUUUUGGACAACGAUUCUAUGAAAGAUUACUUCAUGUUUUAAAUAAUGAUUUUGAUAUUUAUAGUAAAUUAAUUCCAAGAAAUAAUUCAGGAACAAUUGCUUUUGAUGAACCUAAUCUUUAUAUAUUAUAUGGUCAACAGGGUGAAGCAUCAUUAUUUGGCGUUCGAGGAUUUGUUGUAUUAGUCAAUGGUGGAUUUAGUCGAAUUCCAUCUUAUUGGAAUUUAAUUCGAGGUUUACAAAAUAUUGAUGCAUGUAUUUUAACACAUUUUGAUUAUGAUGUAUUUCCGGGUUUACAAACAAUUCUUCAUCGAAAAACAAUUCUAUCGUCAUCGAACGAUCAAUUAUGUAAACCAGAUAUUGGUGCUUUUUUUCUUAAUCAUACUCAACGAACAAAAAUACAAUCAAUACCUACAUCGAAAUCAUCAUCAUCAACUAAUAAAUUAGUUGUAAAUUUAAAUGAAAAUAUCGAUGAAUUUUUACAUAAUAUUAAACAAUUAAAUAUUAAUACAUUUAAUUUAAUUAAACAUACAACAUCUAAUAAACAAAAUAUUGAACCAAUUAGUUUGUAUAAAAAAAUUGCAUUUGGUUCACUGGAUCUUUAUGUUUUACAUCCAACGACAUUUACAACUGAUGAUGAUAAACUUAUUGCAUCUUUACAAAAAAUUCCCAUUCAUAAUAAACAAGUAUCUUCAUCAAUGAUUCCACUUCAUCAUUGGUAUUCAUCAUGUUCAUUACUCGUUUGGACUCCGACUUCGAAAUCAAGCAAAGAUACUAUUGUACGCAUUUUAUAUACAGGUGCUUGUCCACAAACACUUGUCUUUGAAGCAUUGAAUAGAGUUCGACAUUUGGAGUUUUUACAUGAUUUCCAACCACAACGACAAACAGUUCGAACAAAUAAUAUUAAAACAGCAUCAACUUUACAUCUCAAUACAGGUAUUAAACAUUCACCACCGAAAUCUAAAAUUUCUCCACCAGUCGUGAGUCGAGUGGCAUCGCCAGCAAUUCAAAAUAAAACAACAAAAGAUUCACCGCGUCCUCCUGUUUCGAAGCCGAAAGUUUCACAAACGACAACUGUAAAAACAGAAAAACCUCGAUCAGUAUCAAGUACAAAAAAACAGACAACUCUUGCGGCAACAUCUAAUGCGAAACGGUCGAUUAGUAAAGAUAAAAAGGUUAAAAAUCCUACGGAUAUUGUUCCAAAAAUUCCCAGUAAACCCAAACAAGUGAAGAAUCCUGUUUCGAAAUUAAAACCCGACAAUAAUCAGAAACAAAAAUUAAAAGUUCAAGAUCAACCUAAGAAAAUAUCUGGUGGUAUUAUGUCGAUUAAUAAUGAACAAAAGUUAGAAACUCCAAGUAAACUUGCAGACGAAUCAGAAACUAAUAAUGAUCAUCAAGAAAAACAUGAAGAACAAAAUAAUGAUGAACAAAUAUUACAAAGUCAGAAUGAACAACAAGAAGAUUUAAUAAACGAAAAAGAAUACCAACCAGAUGUUGAAACAGAAACUGAUGAUGAACAUUUAUUAGAAAGUCAAACUAAUGAAUAUGAACAAUCGGAUGAUAAUGAACAACAACUAUCAGCUGAUGAAUUGGAUGAAUCUAAUGAACAAUUAUUAGAUAAUCAUGAAAAUGAAAUUCAUCGACCAGAAUCUGUUUCGUUAAUAAUGGAUCAUAAUGAGUCAUUAAUUGAAAGUACUUCUGUUUCACCUAUAGAUGAAAGUACAUCGCAAUUAACUUCACAGGAUCCAAUGACAAGAAGUUUUAUUGACGGAGGAUCGGACACAGAAAAUCCAUUUACUGAAAAAGUUGAUGAUGAUACUUAUGUUGAUGAUGAAAUGGAAAUUAUUCACCAUAAUCCAUCAGGAUCAGCUAAAAAUUCUGUAUCAUCCAUUGAAGAUAUUAAUCCACAAGGUUUACCUAUCGAAAAAGAAAUGUCUGCAACAAAAUCAACAGUUAAAAAGCUAAAUAAAGAACCUAAUCGAACGAAUAAUUCUAAUCAAGCAUCAUCACAUCAAUCAGGUUCAAUAUUCAAUGUUGAUGUUGCAUAUAUUCCAUAUCAUGGUAAUGAAUCUUAUGUUGAUAGUGAAUUUUUUCGUCGUAUACGUGCUCGUUAUUAUAUUUUAAAUGCUGUACAAGUAAGUCGUAUUACACUUGAAUCAUUAAUUGAUGGAAAACAGCAAUGGAAUACAAAAGAGCACGUACCUGUUACUCUUGUACCAACAUUUGAUGGUGAACAAUUACGACAAUUUUUUAUUACUAAUAAGAAUCGUCUAGCUGAACUUAACAUUAAUAUUCUUCCAGCUUCGACACGAUGUAAUGUGCAAUAUGAUAAUGAAAGUUCACCAGCACAACUCUUACGUUUUCAUUCCAUGUAUCAUGCCGAUGAAUAA